AAUUCAGCUUGGCGAUGUUGAAAAGAAGCUUGACCUAAUUCUAAAAUUAGUUUGCGAGGAGAAGCAGGAUCGCGUCCAACUUCAGCCCUCAUUACCAGAAUUGCCAGCAUCCAGCCUUGCCAAACUCCCAGCCAUCCCCGCUGUCUACGCAUCUGCAUCAUCCACAUCUGCUGAAGGAGCUAGAAGCUCAAUUAGCCAGAAAAUCGGCCCAGAUCAAACAUCUCCUGCAACUCAAGUCAUUGCAGCCUCACUAGACCGUAUUCAACCCACUUUGCUGGCCAUCAGAUCUACCGGACCAAUCAGUCCACCUUCUCAACAAUCAGACCUUCCAUUGUACCAAUCUUCAUCUUCAUCAGUACCGAACUCUGCUAGCCCAACUUACUUUAACUUUACCAAUUGCAUGUCGCUCGAGGCUCAUAGUGCCUCAGUAUGCUCAGAAGACUCCGGAGGUACCGCAGACGCAGCAAAGGUUCCGGAUGAACGUGAACCAGUGAAAAUGGCUAGUCAAGCUUCUUCUCUGGGGCUCAGGCAACAAAUUGCAAACUGCGGACAGCUAAAUUUAAAAGCAACGGCGUUGGAGGCUAAAAGCUUGACUACAUCUGAGCAAACGAAUCCAGAGGUUGGUAAUACUGGUAAAAGUUUGUUAUCUUUAACAGUACUUUAA